CUGCUGUGCGGAUCGUCUCGUUCUCGGGGAUUUUGCCAGCACAGCGCCCACGGAUAAUGGAUCCGAUCUGGUAUAAUUAUCUCUCAAGAAAUAUAAUGGAUGAAAAAAGUCCUUCGCUAGGUAUUCGUCACUUGCAGGUGGCACUGCUGUUCCUCAACCUGACCGUUAGCUACAUAGUCCGCCUGAAUGUGGGCGUGCGCAUAGUGGCCAUGACGGAGCAAGCAGCCACCAAUCAAAGUUUUCAGCAAUUCGAGUGGACAGAGGCCGAGAAAUCCUACAUCCUCUCCAGCUUCAACUGGGGCUAUUUGCUGAUGCAGAUUCCGGGCAGCUUCGUUGUCCGGAGUCUGGGAGCCAAGAUGACCAUGCUCGUGCCAACCUUUGUCGUAGCCCUGUUCUGCGUCUGCACACCCUCGGGAAUCAAGAUGGGCGAUUGGAGGGCAUUCUGUGCGAUCCGGCUGAGCCAGGGUCUGUGCCAGGGCCUGAUGCUACCCUGCAUCCACGAGCAUCUGGUCAAGUGGUCGCCGCCAGCGGAACUCAAACACCUGGGAGUGAUCGCCUACUCGGGCAUUUACUGCGGCACAAUCCUGGCCCUGCUCGGCAGUGGGUACAUUGCGAACAGUUCCAUCGGCUGGCCGGGAAUCUCGUAUGUUUCGGCAGCAUCCUGCCUGUGCUGGUGCCUGCUCUGGUUCUUCUGGGGCGAGAACGAGCCCGGCAGCUCGCACUGGAUUGGCGCGGACGAGCGCAGCUACAUUGAGAGCUCUCUGAAGAGUGCUCACACAUGCCCCAGGAGAGAAAUACCCGUGCCGUGGAAGGCGAUAUUUGCCUCAGUGCCGUUCCGUGCCCUGGUGGUGGUCAACAGUGCUCAGCACUGGGCCGAUGCCACAAUGGAGGUGCAGAUACCCUCGUAUCUGCAUGGUGUCCUGCAAAUGAGCAUCACCCGGAACGGCCUCACCUCGGCGCUGCCCUAUAUUGUGCGAUGGAUCAUGUCCCAUGUGUACAUCCUCGUCGAACAUAUAGCCUUAGUGCGUAACCUGAUCCGACCGACUCCAUUGAAAAAAUGGAUCGUCACGGUAUCCACUUGGGGACCGGCCCUGCUGUACGUUGCCAUUGGCUUUCUGGAUCGAAAAAAUGCCGGUUUGGUUGUCACUUUGAUGGCCAUCAAGGCGGGACUUAGUGCCGGCUCCAGCAUUGGCGGCAGAAUGAACAUCAUUGCCCUGUCGCCCAACCACUCCGCGCUUCUGAUGGGCAUCAUGUGUGUCCUGUCAGACGUCUUUACGCCGCUGACUCCGCUCGUUACGGGUGCCAUUGUUACGGAUCCGACGAAUCGUUAUCAGUGGCAGAUUGUAUUCGGACUGAUCGCACUUGUAUUCUUUCUCAGCAACUGGGUGUACAUCAUUUGGGGCUCCAACGAACUGCAGCCCUGGGAUGCCGAUGAUUUUCUGCACAAGUGCCCUGUGGAGUGUUGCGAAAGGGAAGACACCCAAGACGUGCCCGAUCUUUCCAAUAAUGGAAAAAUUAUGCUCGGGCAUCCGAGUGAAAGAGUAACGGAGGCCAAAGACAAGGUGAUGCCAGAGCAGAAUAAAGACCGAAGCAAGUAA